CUCCGUCACUUCCUGUCCCCGGACGGAAGUGAAUUCAUGGCCUAGCAACACACGUGAAAAAUCAGCCAGGCCACAACAGACAUCUGACACAAGAUGGAUAUUACGGAGGUUCCCCUGAGCCAGGACAGUAAGGGUAAGAAAAAUAAGAAUAAGAAGCCACAGAAGAAGAGUGCAAGACAGGAGGGGAAAGGAGGAGGCGGCGUGGUGGAGAAGAAGGAGGAGGAUUUAAAGAUGGAGAAAAACGAGGCAGAAUCUGCCUUCCCCCCCACCUUCAGUGUGUCCGAAAUCAAGAAUAAACAGCGACGACACCUCAUGUUCAUGAAACUAAAACAGGAGAAGAGAAAGCAAAAGCUUCAGCUGAAGAAAAAGAAGAAAAAGGAAAGGGAAGCUUUAGGUGACAAGGCUCCACCAAAAGAGGUCCCAAAGACCAUAGAAAAUCAGCGGGUGUACGACGAGACAACAGUCGACCCGGAGGAUGAGGAGGUUGCAUUUGACGAGGGAACUGAUGAGUUUUCUGCUUACUUCAACGGGCUAACAAACCCUAAAGUGCUCAUCACCACAUCAGACAGACCGAGAGGGAGGACGGUGAGGUUUUGUGAGCAGCUGGCCACCGUAAUCCCAAACGCCUAUGUGUACUACAGAAGAGGUUUGGCCUUGAAGAAGGUCAUCCCUCAGUGCGUUGCCAGGAACUUCACCUACCUCAUGGUCAUCAACGAGGAUCGCAAAGUUCCCAAUGGUUUGGUUCUCUGUCAUCUACCUGACGGGCCGACCGCACACUUCAAGGUCAGCAGUGUUCGAUUACGCAAGGAGAUGAAGAGACGAGGCAAAGAUCCAUCGGAGCACUCUCCAGAAGUGAUCCUCAACAACUUCACCACACGCCUGGGACACAGCAUCGGCCGGCUUUUUGCUGCGCUGUUUCCCCAGGACCCUCAGUUCAUCGGUCGACAGGUUGCAACUUUCCACAACCAGAGAGACUUUGUCUUUUUCAGAUUCCACAGAUACAUCUUCAAGAAUGAGAAGAAAGUCGGUAUUCAAGAACUUGGACCACGAUUCACCCUAAAACUCCGCUCUCUACAGAAAGGCACCUUUGACUCAAAGUUUGGGGAGUAUGAAUGGGUCCUCAAGCGCCACGAGAUGGAUGCCUGCAGGCGGAAGUUCCAGCUUUAAAAAACCUGAUUACAAGAGGCUUUUCAGUCGGACAAGGAUUACUAUCUAUAUCAUCCAAGAUGUUCCUGCUGUUUGUGCCUUUGCACGUACGGACUACAGCAGAAAUCCCGAUACAUUUUAGGACAAUCAGCGUCACCAGUUCACAUUUGUCCUUUCAACAUAAAUUUAGAUUGGAAUGCUGAUGACUGGAUUUUACGGGAUCCCGUUGUGGCAGAGUCGGUUGCCAUGAAAAUCGCUCCUGCAAGUUUCAUCUUUUAUACCUUUGUAGAUAAAUUGUGGGACAGGAGUAUUGAUCUGCUGUAAGGACUUUACCUUCUCCAUUACUCAAACACCAGAUAGUAACUGGUGUUGGGUGUUGAGCUGUCCACAUGAAUCCAAUAAUCUGGUUUUUCCGACCCUCAAGUGUAUGUAGAAGUUGUAAUGUGAGAUCAAAUAUAUCACAUACUGAUAUUAUGUGGCCUGGAGUAAAAAUGUAAGGAUGCCUUGGACAGUAAGUUUUGCAUGUAGACAUUUACAGGCACCUGUUGUAACCUGUUCUAUGUAAUCUACAUCAUGAGUAGUUAAUUAUGUGCAGCAGGUGCCAGACAAAAACACUUGAAGGUGGCUUAUUGAACCUUUUCUCACAGAUUUCUAAAUGUGUAUAUACUCAUUUUAAUAAAAUGCAGCUUUGAAUUUAA